AUGCCGUCUUCUAAAGAUCGCGAUGUCGAUGCCGUCGACGACCGCCCGCGCGAUAAGCCACACCGAUCCAAAUCCGAGCGGAAAGAGCGAGAACGAGAGAAGGAAAAGGACAAGGACCGGAAAAGAGAUAGGGAUAGGGACAGGGAAAGAGACAGAGACAGAGCCCGCGACGCCGACCGGGACAAGGACUCGCUUCUGUCCUCCUCCCUCCGCCAUCACUACACCUCCUACCGGUCGCCGAGGUCUUCCAAGUUGAGGCCAACCGACAGCGAGACUACCUCUCGAUCACACCGACGCCACAAACUGAGGGACAUGGACAAGGAUGGUUUCGACGACAAGUCGGCGGCCACCAGGUCUAUGACGGACCUGGUGCCGGAGCUAUUUAGGGGCCUGGACAGCGAACGGGUGAGCGUGCCGUAUCCGUCAUUCAGCAAGGCACACAGCAAGGAGGCCCUCCAUAGCAAGGAGGACGUCUCGUCGCCUGCCGCCCGGCGGACAGACCCGCUCACACCAGAUACGACCGACCUUGGCGGCAGCGAGAUGAGGCGGUCCAAGUCGGCCGACUCACCACCUGCGGCGCGGAAGACGUCGACGGCACGGCCAGACGCCCGUCAGGACGACAGGCCACCGUCACCGCCGGAAACUGAUCUGUCGGCUCAAAAGAGGAGACCCGAAAGUCCAAGAUCGGUGAAGGAUGCAGACCAUAUGGACACCAGGCCCUCAUCGAGAGGCUCAUGGGUCUCGGGGUCCACGUCGAAGCACGAAUCCAAGUCCAAGAUAUCAAAAGCAUCAAGUCAGGCAACCUUUGUCAUGCGGCCAGCUCCCUCGGUGAGGGCUCCUCGUGGUGCAGACUCCCGAGCAGCAAAGUCAGAGAUCACUGACGCGUCUACCGUCGAGCCGGGCUCUACCGCAACUGCUCUUCCAAGGCGGAGCGCGUCGAUAGCCAGAACCUUUCACACAGAGGGAGCGGAUUCAUCGCCCGAGUCAGCGGUAGAUGUGUCGCCCAUGACCCCAACGCACGCACAUGAGUUUCCGCCGCCGCCGCCGAUAAUGCCCGAAGAGAAGAACCACUACUCAACAUCCGAUGUACACCACUACUCGACAUCUGAUGUACCGACCCCUUCCGCAACCCCAGCGUUCGCCCCAGGACCCCCACCGCCGCCUCCGCCUCCGCCUCCUCCACCGGCGCUUAACCUCCAAGAGGUUCCUCGAGUGGAUUAUCUCAUGCAAAACGGUGGCUUGCCACAGCCUGUUCCUAGGCAAUUUCUCUCGGUUUUGCCACGACAGAACGGCACGCGACCAUCAAACCCACCACUCCAAGGCGCCGAAACGCUCUUUGCGCCGUUCUUCAACCUCCUCAACCAGUACCAGACGGUCCUCUCCGGCCACGGUUCCAUCGCCGUCGCUACCGGUCAUCGGACCGUCGCUCGUCGUCUGCUGGACCGGCUAGAAAAUGUUUUUUCUCGUGAUCUCUCACCUGAUGGCUGUCCCUGCAUUAUGUGCGAGCGAUCAGGUCAGCCUCAUCGAGGACUGGGAUGGGGCGAGGUGCUUGAGCGGGUCAGCGGGAGGGUAGAUCUCCCUCCAUGGCCGCCAUUCGACUUUUCUCUGUUAAGCAGCAAAGCGGUAGAAGACCUCGCCGACAUCCCGCCGCGGCCAUCGUCACCGGUGAAGAUGGAUCCGGACAUUGCAGAGGAAUUUAGGGAACACUAUCUCCGUCAGACGAAACGGGUCCGAGCCGCAGUCGACAAGUGGAUGUCCAAUUGCGAAAAGACUGCCGCUCCGCCGCCGCAGGAUGUCGACGACGAGACCCUCGCCUUCGCCAUCCUCACCAACCUUGAGCAAGAAGAUCGGCCCUACUUCAACGCCCUCCUCGCGGGGUCCAAGGAGCUGCCCUCCGCGAUGCGCGCCCCAACGCCCGUCCGCCGACCCCGCAAUGACUAUAUCGUCAAGUCGGGUCUGUCACUGCAAAGGUUAUACCGCCUUCACCAGGCUCCUCGCGACGCCGAAACGGCCGUCUACCUCGUCAAGAACCCAGCCGUGCACGACCUACUCUACACCAUCUCCGACAUCAGCACCUCGGAAUGGGAGAUUUUAACGUCAGGCCGCUUCGACGGCUUCCUCUGGUCCGGCGCCGAAGACGACGGCAUCCCCUUCGGCGAGGGGCCCUCCCGCCUCGCCACCCCCGCCAGCGGCAUGUUCCCCCAAGGUCCUGCGUCGCGCAUCAUGAGCCCCACCGGCCGGCCCAUGUCCCGCACAACGACCCCGUUCGGCCCCUUCUCGCGCGGCCCAACCCCGGCGUCGUUUCUCAGCGGCGUCUCGGCUGCCUCAUCGUCGUACCCUUCCAACCGCGCGGCCGUCACGCACGACGAGGAGGCCGAGGUGGCUGCUCUGGCGGAGCUGGAGAGGGAGAUUUUCAAUGGCAUGGAGGCGCUCGAGGACGCGUUUGAGAAGCUGCACGAGCAGGCCAUGACCGUGCGGGACGGGUUGAGGCGCCGCGGUGCCGCCCUGCAAAUGAGUCUGCAGCAGCGGAGGGGCGGGUUCGGCUCCGGGAGGGGCAUCGAUGUGCUGCCGCUGUCGGGGUCGAGUGGGGUGUAUGAUCGGCCGGCUUGGGCGGAUGAGGAGAGUGUUGAUGGUGCGGAUAGUGAGUGGGGCGGGGAUGAUAUCAGCGAGCUCGCCCCUGAUGACUCGGCUAGUCAGGUUAGUAGUAACCGGCUAAGGAGGCCGAAGAGGAGGAAGGAACGGGCGACGCCGGCGCCGAUUGAGGAGGAGGAUGAGCAGUGA